AUGGGCUCUGCUGCACUUGCACAUGCAAAGCUUUUGAACUGGUUACUGUCACUGCUGCUUCUGUUCUCCUGUUCUACUGCUGCUUCGGUGGCUGAGCCCAAACUGGGCAAGAGCAUCUUGCCUCACGAUGAACCUGAUCCUGGAGGUGCUGGUGACUCUUCACAAGAUACGAGGCUACAUGUUUUCACAGUGGACUAUGAUUAUGUGCAAAUUCCCUAUGAAGUUACUCUUUGGAUCCUCCUUGCCUCUCUUGCAAAAAUAGGUUUCCAUAUCUAUCACCGAUUACCAAGAAUUAUGCCUGAAAGCUGCAUCCUGAUUGCUAUUGGAGCCCUAGUAGGAGCAAUCAUCUUUGCCUCCCAUCACAAAUCUCCACCAGUGAUGAACACAAGCAUUUACUUCUUGUAUCUCCUUCCACCCAUCAUCCUGGAGGAGGGUUAUUUCAUGCCAACUCGCCCGUUUUUUGAAAACAUUGGGUCCAUUCUGUGGUGGUCUGUCCUGGGAGCUUUGCUAAACUCUUUUGGGAUUGGCCUCUCUCUCUAUGGAAUCUGCCAGAUCAAAGCCUUCGGCCUGACCGACCUGAACCUGCUGCAGAACCUGCUGUUUGGCAGUAUGAUUUCAGCAGUGGAUCCUGUGGCAGCUCUGGUAGUUUUUGAAGAAGCCUCUGUUAAUGAGCAGCUUUACAUGAUGAUCUUUGGAGAGUCAUUGCUAAACGAUGGCAUAACUGUGGUUCUCUAUAACAUCUUCAUCGCCUUCACCCAGAUGCACAGGUAUGAAGAAAUCGAAUCCAUCGAUGUCUUUGCUGGCUUUGCUCGUUUCUUCGUGGUGGGGCUUGGUGGAGUGUUUUUUGGCAUCGUCUUUGGAUUUGUUUCAGCAUUGAUGACUCGAUUCACUCACAACGUCUCUGCUAUUGAACCCCUGCUGGUCUUCAUGUUCAGCUACCUGUCCUACUUGUCUGCUGAAAGCCUUUACAUCUCUGGCAUUUUGGCGAUGACAGCAUGUGCAGUGACAAUGAAAAAAUAUGUGGAGGAGAAUGUUUCCCAGAAUUCUUAUACCACAAUAAAAUAUUUCAUGAAGAUGCUGAGCAGCAUCAGCGAGACCCUGAUUUUUGUGUUCAUGGGAGUGUCUACAGUGGGGAAGAACCACGAGUGGAACUGGGCCUUCAUCUCCUUCACUCUGCUCUUCUGCCUCAUUUGGAGGGCACUGAGUGUAUUUGCUCUCUUCUACGUCAGUAACAAGUUCCGAACAUAUCCCUUCACCUUCAAAGACCAACUCAUUAUUUCCUACAGUGGCCUUCGAGGACACAGCAGCUUUUCUCUUGCAUUCUUGCUUCCAGUGAAUCUCUUCCCCAGAAAAAACUUGUUCAUCACUGCGACCCUUGUAGUGAUAUAUUUCACUGUGUUCAUCCAAGGAAUCACAAUUGGACCAUUGCUCAGAUAUCUGGAUGUUAAAAAGACCAUCAAAAAGGAAUCUAUCAAUGAAGAAAUUCACGUGCGACUGAUGGAUCACUUGAAGGCUGGUAUUGAAGACAUAUGUGGACAUUGGAGUCAUUAUCAGCUGAGAGAUAAGCGUGGCAGGAACCAGCAUGCACACAGGCUGUCCCCUGCAGAGGUGGAGUCCAUGAGAGAUGUCUUGUCACACAACCUGUACCAAGUGCGACAAAGGACACCAGCAUACAACCGACAUAACCUACUUACCAACACAAAUGAGAAACAAGCACAAGAAAUCCUCAUCCGUCGGCAGCACAGCCUGAGGGAGAGUUGCAGGAAGGGGAACAGCUUGCCUUGGGGUAGACAGGUCAACAGCACAGAAGUACGUUACCUCUCUCUGCCCCAGGGCCCCAGCAGACCUGCUAGACGAAAAGCCAGGCAUGUGACUUUUACAGAUCAGCAUAGAAGUGGUUCUGAUGCUGCAUUCCCAGAAACGCUCAGAUCCCAGCCCCAACUCCAGCCAGCUGGAGCAAAGUACUUCCAAGCAGAGCAGAUUCCAAUGGCACACUUGGAUAGAAGACCAGGCCCAUCCAACCUGCCAGGUCGAAGAGGAAAUUCAAUCAGCCGACAUCGUUUCGCCAGAGCAAACAAUCUGGCUCUAAUGCCAAGGUCUCGAUUCACUGUGGGAGAAAUAGAGGAGUAUGAGUCAGAAGAAGAGACAGAAGCGAUGGCACCAGUCAGGCCAUUAGUUAUAUGA